CCUAAGGAAAUGUGUGGGAUCACGCUCUGUGUUUCUGAGUAGCCAGGGCAUUAUUGACAAAGUAUUUUCAUUGUCUGGCGUUAGUUUAUGUUGCAUACCGAUCGUCUGAUAUAAACACGGGUGUGGUGACUGACAAGUACGGGGGGGAAUAGGGGAAGCGACCGUCGUUGGGUCAAAAUGUCGAUUCAGUACGAUGUGGAACAGCUGGCUGACAGCUACGGGGUAGCGGACUCGUUCCCCAAAGAUUUCGGUUACGGUGAAGAGGAGGCCGACAUCGAGGACAGCCCGGCUCCGUCCGACAGCAAACCCAGAAUCCUCCUCAUGGGUUUGAGAAGAAGUGGCAAGUCAUCGAUACAGAAGGUGGUUUUCCACAAAAUGUCUCCCAAUGAGACCUUGUUCCUGGAGAGCACCAACAAGAUCUACAAGGACGACAUAUCCAGCAGCUCAUUCGUCAAUUUCCAGAUCUGGGACUUCCCAGGCCAAGUUGACUUCUUCGACCCCACCUUCGACUACGAGAUGAUCUUCAGAGGAACCGGGGCUUUGAUAUUUGUCAUCGAUGCUCAGGAUGACUAUGUGGAGGCUCUGGGCAGGCUCCACCUCACUGUGUCGCGGGCCUACAGGGUAAAUCCAGAGAUUAACUUUGAGGUUUUUAUCCACAAAGUGGACGGCCUGUCAGACGAUCACAAGAUCGAGACCCAGAGAGACAUCCACCAGAGAGCCAAUGACGAUCUGGCUGACGCUAGCUUAGAGAAGCUGCAUCUCAGCUUUUACCUGACGAGUAUUUAUGACCACUCCAUCUUUGAGGCCUUCAGCAAAGUGGUGCAGAAGCUCAUCCCUCAACUCCCCACUCUGGAGAACCUCCUAAACAUCUUUAUUUCUAAUUCAGGGAUAGAGAAAGCCUUUCUGUUUGAUGUGGUCAGUAAGAUCUACAUCGCCACAGACAGCUCUCCUGUAGACAUGCAGUCCUAUGAGCUGUGCUGUGAUAUGAUCGAUGUGGUCAUUGACGUCUCCUGCAUCUAUGGCCUGAGGGAGGAUGGCAGCGGCAGUGCCUACGACAAGGAGUCCAUGGCCAUCAUCAAGCUCAACAACACCACUGUGCUGUACCUGAAAGAGGUCACCAAGUUCCUGGCCCUUGUCUGCAUCCUGCGAGAAGAAAGUUUUGAGCGCAAAGGAUUGAUAGACUACAACUUCCACUGUUUCCGGAAGGCCAUCCAUGAAGUAUUCGAGGUGGGCGUUUCCACCCAGCGUCCAAUGGGCUCCCAGGCUGUGGGCUCACCCUGCAACAAGGCUGUUGCAUUGAAUGGCACGCCGCGCAACACUGUCUAGACACUGAUGCAAAUAAAAAAUAAAAAGACGCAAAAAGAGGGUAGAGGGAAGGAAAGACAGAGAAGAGCCAGGGAGCCUGUAGAGGACAGACUACUAAACUGUGGGCUCUCUGGUGCGCCAAUCACAAUCCCUUGCUCCCAGCACCUAAAGCACUGAGAGAUGGCUGGAGAGUGUAGGAGCAGCACUGGAGCACCGAGGGGGUCAGGCUUCUCAAGCUGGGAUGGAAGGGAAAUUCAAGCAUCCGUUACAGGCGAAUGCAAAGCACCGUGUUGACUGUGAGGAAGUCAAGAGAGUACAACUGCACUUGGACAGGAAAAGGUGUUCAGUCUCUCUCUUGGGAUUUCCUAAAGCGGUCAAAGACUGUGAUAUUUAGCUGCUGGUCUCUCUGUAUGAACAAUGUGAGGAGGGAAAACAAACCCUUGUUGUAACCUCUUGCUAUGGACGAGCUGUGAUGACAGUUUGCAGGAAUCUGUCUAGUGAUGAAUCCACCCUGACCACUUCUGUGCUGAUUUAAAAAGAAGAAAAAAAAAGAAAAAAAAACACACACAAAAAAAGAGAUGGCGGAUGUGAACUGCUAGUCCUAACCCACACAUGUUCAGAGAUGGCCUUAUGUAGAUAAAGCUUGACUGCAGUGCAAGCUUUCUCUCUCCACCACUCACCUCACCCUACCUGAAUGCUGCCCAAAACUCGCUUUUUGGUUUCACUUGUGAAGGGAAAACAAGGUUUUGUGAGCAGUCUACAAAGGGAUUGUGCUGUCGAUAACUAACUCGGUCGUGUGUGUGUGUGUGUGUGUGUGUGUAUGUAUGUGGGUAUGUGUGCGCCUGUGUGUAUGUGUGCGUGUGUGUCAACGAAAGGUUUUGAUGAGAUCCCAGACUAGGCUCCUUGUCUGUACUGGAGAGGGAUGUUUAUGGAAAGCUAUAUGUCCUUCUUCUCAAUAACAGCAGCUUAGCGUAAUUAAAACUCUUCAAUCAGUGAAAGUAACUUGUCUGUGUGUGCUCCACUGAAAAUCAAGCUUUUGAUUGACUUUCUGACGAGUUUUGCUGGAAAUUUGGAAAUGGUCUUUACAAAAGCACUGCCAAGAUGAAUAAAUGAUUCCUAAACAGUGAAAUUAUUUUAAAAAAUGCCAUGAUUAAACCCUCAUUUGUUGCCAUCUUAGAAAAAUGUCUUAGGUCUGGCUGAUGUGCGGACUGAUGGAGGGGUUCACACUCCAGAUUGACUGUGUGGGAUGAUGGUAUGAACUGGUUAAAAACUUGCAUGUUUUUCCACCUACAGUUCCAACCCUGCCCAAAAUUAUUAAUCCAUGUUUUGUAUUUAGUUUGGCUCUAAUCAGUAGGAUUCACAAAAAAAACAAAAUGUACCCAUUCCAAGCAUGCAUACAUCAGUGUGUUGUCAACUUCUAUUGUUCUCAACCAUAACACUUCUCAUUGUAUUUAAAAGUAAGGAAGUGAAACUAAUCAAGACAGUUAAAUACAAAGGAGAAGAAAAAGACCAGAUUUGCUUUUUUGCCAUCAGGGUGACAAGAUAAGACAGUCGUGCCCGCAUUGGUCUGUUUGUUUAUAUCAGGGGUGAGAUGUGAGAACUCAGACUGGCUGCAUCCUGUCUAGAAACCUGACUCGUAAAUGUUAUCAUGAUAACUUAGCAGGGUAAAACUGAGCAGUUCAUGUUCCAGAUUUUAAGGCGUUCUGGUUUUUACUCGGCAAAGGUAUUCAAAUAACUCAGCUCCUUCAGACAUGCCCCAAAAUCUUCUCAACCUUGUCAUUAUCAGUCACCUGCAAAUAAACACUUGCACAUCAAAGCUUGAUGGAUGAUUGACUUCAUGUAUUGUGAGCUAUACUGUGUGAAAUAAAUGAAAAUUUAAAUUUU